CAACUACAUUGUCCCUUUGCCAUAAAUCACUUUUUGGUCUGUUUUGGACGUAGAUACCCCUGAAUAACUUUAGAAAAUCAUAUCAAUUAUUUUAACAGUCAGAAAAAUAUGGAAAAAUAAUCAAACUGUAUAUAAACAAGUAACUAUCAUAUGAAAAAUAAUUUUAUAGACUAAAUAUUAUUAUAUCAAAAUAUCAUACUUUGAUCUACGGACAGAAGAAAACUUAAUCUACCAACUACGGGCCGUAGAUAGUAUAUUCAUUAAAUAACUUUGUUAUCUACAUCUGGUAGAACAAUUAUAUCUACCAAUGUACACUUCUCUACCAUCGUAGAAACAAUCAGCUGCCAGUAAAUACAUUUCUACCACGGUAGAUUUGUUCAGCUUCCAUUUCCCUUAUUUCUGGAUUUCGGUUGAUUUCAUUAACUAUGUUUUCUGAUAUAUCUACUAAUGUUUGAUUGGCAUUUUCUACCAAAGUACUAUAUUCUACCGUGGGCGGGUUAUGCAGCCUACUGUUUUAUCUACUGUCUACGGCCGUAGAAGGUAUAUUCUACCAAGUGCGAAAUGUAUAUUUUCCUAAAAUAUCUCUAAAAUCUGUUGAGAAUAUAUUUUAAAUAAAUAUUUGCCUUAUUUUUCGUGUUUCCUAAGUUGGUUUUUUUUAAAAAAACGUGUUCUCUUCUUCAUCCUCAUCGAUCUCUUUUUUUCUUUGGAAACCAUCAAAUUUUUUUGAAUUUCUUGGUGAAGAAGAUGCAUAUUUAUGGUUCUUGUGGGAUGUGGAAGUUUGAUCCCCAAAAAGGGUGGGGAUUUGAUGUUGAUAUGAAAAAACGAGGCAGAGUACUAGUUUUGGAAUUGACAAGUUCCUUUGAAGAUCUAAGGGUUAUGGUUUUCAAGGAUUUUGGAAUUGACGAAAACGAUGUCGAGCUUGAGUUAAGCUACCUACCUAUGGAGUUAAUCGGCACCAUCGACUGUCCCCCAGUUAUCAUUGAGAAUGAUAGCCAAGUCAAAAAUUUUCUUACAUAUGUACGUGGAAAACCUUCGACAAGGUUGUGUGUGUCUACUUCGCUUAUGCAUGGGAACAACGACAGCAUUGGCGUUGAUAAGGAGGAAUCUAACUCGCCAUUCAGAGAGGUCGGUGAAGCUUCCUCGGUUUCAGCUAGAGAUGAGAGUGGUAGUUCAUCUGAUUGUAACGCGAACGGCUCAGAAGAAGAUGAUCAUCUCGCCAUACGUGGAAAAGAAGAUGAUAGGGGGAAAAGUGUUCGAUUUUCUUUGAUCGAUGUUGUGAAGAAGGGUGAAACGUUUCAAAACAAGUCGAUGUUGAAAGCAGCGUUGGAAAUGUCAGCUACGAAGCAUAACUUCGAUUACAAAGUUGUUAAAUCGGACAGAAAACUUUGGUACAUUCGAUGCAUUGACAACCAUUGCAACUGGAGUGUUCGUGCUGAAGGGUUAUCAGGCUCCACAUAUUUCAUCAUCAAAAAAUAUGUGGCGGAUCAUACAUGUGCUGCGUCGAGUAUGAAUAAUGGUGGUCGGAUACCUUCUGCAAAAACUAUUGGCAGUAUAAUAAUGCAUAGAUAUGAUGGUGUGAAAGAAGGUCCGAAGACUAAUGAUAUCAUACAGAUUAUGAGAAUGGAUCAUGGAUGCGAGAUAUCUAAGUCGUUAGCAUGGGAUGCUCGUGAAUUUGCAAUUCAUGUGGUUCGAGGUAUUCCGGAGCAGAGUUUUGGAAAAAUUCCGAAAUAUUUGUACAUGCUGAGGGAAGCUAAUCCAGGAACACAGACGUUUUAUGAAACUGAUGUUGAUGGUAAAUUCCGAUUUCUAUUCCUUUCGUUUGGGCAAUCAAUACGAGGUUUUCACACAUCCAUGCGGAAAGUUCUUGUUGUUGAUGGGACAUUUUUGAAGAGCAAGUACAAAGGAGUAUUACUUGUUGCUACAGCUUUAGAUGGAAACUCUAACUUGUAUCCUAUUGCAUUUGCGGUUGUUGACUCAGAAAAUGAUCGAUCAUGGGAUUGGUUUCUGAGACAUCUAAAGCUUGUUGUUGCGGACGAGCGUUCUCUAGCUUUUGUGUCAGACAGAAAUGGCUCACUUUGCAAAGCAAUUCAGAAUGUGUAUCCUCUUUCUCAACAUGGAAUUUGCAUUCACCAUUUGUUGAAUAAUGUGGUCACACAUUACAGAGGCAAGGGACUGGUCGGAUUGAUUGCAAAAGCUUCCAAAGCUUAUAGAGUCGUUGAUUACGAGAAGCUAUUCCAUGCCGUGUGCAAUAUAAGUCCAGCUAUUGGAAAAUAUUUAACAGAUGCAGAAGUUGGAAAGUGGGCUCGCUGUCAGUUUCCAGGAUACAGGUACGACAUGAGGACGACAAAUCCAGCUGAAUCAAUAAACUCUGCUUUGCGCACACCAAGAGAGUAUCCAGUGAUUCCUUUGUUGGAUAGCAUCAGAGAAAUGCUGACCCGUUGGUUCUUCGAACGUCGGACUUUAAGCAGGAAGCACACUAAACCAUUAACUAUUGCUAUCGAAAAAAAGAUAGAUAGGCGGAUUAGAAAGGGUAGAACGUUUCUUGUCCAGCCGGUUAACGAGCAUCGUUUUUUGGUUCUUGGAGAUACAAUUGACUGCCUGGUUGAUUUGGACAGAAGAACUUGCUCGUGUGGGAAAUACGACCUGAUAAAACUUCCAUGUCGACACGCUAUCAAGGCUGGUUUAACGGUUGGCCGAACCCCAUCCUCACUGACGGAUGACAUGUACACUACUUCCACAUGGAGAACAGCUUAUCAAGAGACUAUCAAUCCAAUAGGUGUUCCUGAGGAUAGUUGGGUUGUUCCAGAUGAUGUUCAAAAUGCUGCUGUGCUACCUCCUGAAUCAAGAAGAGGAGCAGGAAGGAGAAGAAAACGCAGAUACGAGACCGUUGAAGACAAACUCCGUUCAUCGCAAGCAACACAAGGAAAAAAGAAGCGCAAAUGCAGUCGAUGUGGCGAAGAGAAUCAUAACAGGGCUACAUGUGACAGAGCUAUUUAGCCGGUUUCGAUUACCUGAUAUACUGGUUUUUCUUUGUUUCACUCUGCUAUGGAGUUUGUUAUGGAGUUUUUUGAUUUUCUUGUUUUUUCUGAUGGUUUCGGUUACUUGAUACACAUGUUUUUCUUUGUUUCACUCUGCUAUGGAGUUUGUUAAGGAGUUUUUUUUUAUUUUUUUGGUUUUGAGUUCUGCAAUUGUUACAGGUUUUGACAACAAAGAAAUCAAAGGUAACCGAAGUUGUUUAUAACCAGCUAACACUUGUAAAGAAGAAACCAAAGAGUGUAUAUAACUCGAUCAAUGGAGAUGACAAACACCAUAAUGAAACUGUUAAUAACCAGCCAAUACUGCAAAGUCAAGCAAUUUUGAAAACAACAAAGGUUCUUAAGAGACAACAAAGGUUUUUAAGAUAAGCAACCGAUCACUACAACUUCUCAGACAUAAAGAGAAGUCCAUAUCCCUAUAAUUGCUACUGCAACUACCAUACCCACCGUCGCAAUUUUUAGCUUCUCUUUCAUCUCCUUUUCAACUCUAGCAAUCUCCAAAUUCACCUUCUCUUUGAGCUUUUGCGACAUCUCUAGUUCAAGUCUAGCAAUCUCAGACUUCACAUUUGUCAUAACCUUUUCUUCAAAGUUUGAAAGCCCUUGAGCAACUCUCUCAUGUUUCGCAUCUACCCUUUGUAUCUCGUCAAGCAAAGCUUCAUCGAUCCAUUUAAAUAGAUGGUUCUCAGAUUUUCUCUACCACAAAUGAAAACAAAAUUCGAUGAGAAUCUACUAUGGUUUAAUCUGCACAAUUGAAAUCAAAACAUGGACUCACAUCUUUUGCAAUUUCACAUCGGUAGAAUCGUCGAUAUCGAUUCUCCGCCGUCGAUGAACCAAAACUUGUUAUGCCCUCUCCACACCAACAUCUUCUAGGCACACCAUGAGUGGAGAUUCGGGGAAACCGAGAAGAAGAAGUUGACGAACUAGUCAUUGAUAUGCCGUUUCUAGAUUCGCAGAGAAAGAACCCUAAUCCCCUUUUCUGUCGCCUUUCGUUUCUUAUAUUUCCUCAAAUGAACUCAAAUCACGCGUUUGGGGGGGGCUGUGGAUCCGGGUUACGGGUCGGAUAUUAAGAAUUGUCGGGUGGGUCCUUGUUGAUUAGAAAUGGUUUUGGUUAUACACUAAAAACACCUAAAUCGACUUGUAAAAUAGCACUCUAAUACACUAAAUCGAAAUCAUGAAAAUAUUUUUUUUUUCAAAAUGAAAUCACGAAACUAUAAGAAAACACUAAUUUGUAUAACUGAAAGUGUAAACUAAAUAUUACACUAACCACUAAAUUUGUCAUGUGACAUACAAAUUAGUAUAAGUGAGUGUAAUACUAUACUCUAAACUAACAUGUAUUUCGAUUUGAAGAAACUAUAACUUAAUAAACAAUAAACAUAAUUUCUAAAACAAUAUAAUUGAAUUGAUAAAUAUAAAAUUGUAAUUAAUUUGCUUUUUAUUUGAUUUAGGGUAUAUGGUUUGAACUUUAUACCUUAUACCCUAAAUAAAUAUUGUUAUUAUGAACUCAAAUAAAUUGAUAGGGUACAAACCUUAUACCCUAUACCCUAAAUAAAUAUUGUUAUUAUGAACUCAAAAUAAAUGGACUCUAAUACCCUAAAAUAAAUGAGACCAUUUUCAUAACAAUACUCAUGAACUCUAAUAUACAGUAGUGUAUGAAUUAAAAUGAUAAACCAACAAAAUGAUCAAAGACAACAAUCAUAAACUCAAUCGAGGUCAACAGUUUUCCCAGGAGCACGCUUUGGAGGCUUAAAUGUGGACAUCCGAAACUGUAAGACUUCAUCAUUUGCUGCUUCCCAAAGAUCGUACACUAUCUUGUGUCGGGCUUCUUGGAUGUUCUCAUCAUUCACCAAAGAGAGAUCCAAGCCUAGUAGAUGGCAUUCUAUAAACUUCAACGAACUGGACAGCCUUGACGAUUCGUGGAAUGAGGACGGCGAAUGCUUCCACGGCCUUGGUGUUCUUCUUACCCCCACAAUCGAAGACAUCUAUUGUCCGGUUCACAAGAUUGACGCAUAUAGAGAUCCAGUGGGCUUGGUUAAUACAAAUAGGGAUGUAGAGACGAUCGAUAUCAACGUACCAUACUGAUCCCCUGCUUCCAUGAUAUGGAAGGUCGCCUCUUCCAUACUCUAGAAAACUCUCGUCGAGUUUGUACCCUUUCCUGUUUCCGUCAAACUUGCCGUAGGCCGUGAUGAUCUGAUUACUAAACAAGCAGUUCAAAAAAGCAACUCGGUCUGGCUUCCAUCGACGCAAUGAGGUUCUUUCCCGAAACAAAUACAUCAUGGCGUCCAUGUCCUGAAAAAGAGAAAACAAUUUUUUUAAGAAUGAGAAGCAACCACACAAUUCAUUGUACAAAAUAAAUGAGCUAAACUCACAUGGUUCUUCAACCAUUGAUUAGGGCCCAUUAUACGCGAAACUAACUCUGCAUCAAAUUUAGAUGGCCCAAUCUGAAGUACUCUGUAAAGAGAAAGCAUUAGUAUAAACGGUAGAUUUGAGAAAACGAAGUCAAACAAUAGAAAUAUUACUUACGUGGGAUUCAUUGUCCAUUCCAUUAGUUUGGCCCAUUUGUCUUCUCGAACAAACACCAAUUCAUAGUCGCUGUCUUUGCAACGGACUUCUGGAUCAUCAAUAUCACUCAAGAAUGGUCGCUUCGAGAUCUCUGGCCGGAAAGAAGUCAUAGGCGUAGUGAAAGCACAAGGUUCUUCGAACUGCUUAUCUUGAGAUGGAUCAAAACCAUCAACAUUUGACUCUUGGGUAAGGUUGCCCAUCGUCUUCUGUAAAUGCUCUUGGGUCCCUAAAUUGGCAUCUAAGGUGCCAAAUAAGCUGCCAAACACAUCAGACAAGUCUGUAUCCUGGUUAUAAAACACAAAACAUGACAUUAAUAAUUUUAAAACAUAUAUAUUACACCACAAAAUACAAUAAUAUUACACACAUGAUCCAAAACAUCAUCAUUACAUCAAUAUUGCACCCAGCAAAGACAACAUCAUCCUUACAAAUAUAUUACAAACCGCAAGAACAUCAACCGAGGACAUGAAAAAAGAAGAGCAACCGAGCACAUGAAAAAAGAGCAACCGCAGACAUGAUUCAAAGAAGAGUAACCGAAGACAUGAAAAAUCUCUACUUCUUGUUUACCUUU